AUGGUCGCAUUUGAUCGGGCUUCGCUUCUACUCGGUGGAUUACCUUUUUCAGUAUUGUCUUUGGGCUUGCCAUCGAGCGCUCCGGUUAUCCUGCACCUUGGCCGGCUCGAUAUGUCUACCUCCUCUCGGUCUUCUACUAGCCGAUCCGCAUCGAUCGGGCUUCACUAUCCGGUCGCCGAGCUCUUAGCUCUCGAGGUUGAUUUGCAUUUGGGUACUAUCCCUCGCUUGUUUUGCCUCUCGGUUGUCCCCGCCUUGGCUAGCUCAAUAUGUCUCGCCUCCUCUCGGUCUUCUAGCUCGCCGGUCCACAUCGAAUUACACUUCACCUGUACCCGGCCUCCUCUUUGUGUUCAAGCCUCUUUUAUUUCAGUGGCCUUAGUCUCCUCUCCCAAUCCAUACAACCUUGCUCAUGCUUCUGUCUCGCACCGUGCAACGCUUGCCGGUGCUCCUUUGUGUCGGCCUCCCCCUAUGGCUCUCUCGCCUAGCUUGACCCUCUUUCUAGCCUCGUUGCUUCGCUACCACUAG